CGGGAUAGCACUGUCACCAAAAAAUGGCCUCUCUUGACAGAGUAAAAGUAUUAGUUUUAGGAGAUUCCGGGGUGGGCAAAUCUUCCUUGGUCCAUCUUCUUUGUCAGAAUCAAGUGUUAGGAAAUCCAUCAUGGACUGUUGGUUGCUCCGUGGAUGUACGGGUUCAAGACUAUAAGGAGGGAACCCCAGAAGAGAAAACCUACUACAUUGAACUCUGGGAUGUCGGAGGAUCUGUGGGCAGUGCUAGCAGUGUCAAAAGCACCAGAGCAGUCUUCUAUAAUUCAGUGAAUGGAAUUAUAUUGGUACAUGAUCUGACAAAUAAGAAAUCCUCUCAGAAUCUUUACCGCUGGUCACUAGAAGCGUUGAACAAGGAUUCCUCUCCAACAGGAGUCAUUGUCUCAAACGGUGACUAUGAUAGAGAGCAGUUUGCUGAGAACCCAGUGCCUUUGCUGCUAAUUGGCACCAAGUUUGACCAGAUCCCAGAGAACAAACGCAAUGAAGUUCUCACCCGAACAGCCUUCCUGUCUGAAGACUUCAAUGCAGAGGAGAUCAAUCUCGACUGCACUAACCCGAGAUACCUUGCUGCAGGCACAUCAAAUGCAGUGAAACUUAGCAGGUUCUUUGACAAGGUAAUAGAAAAGAGAUAUUUCACAAGAGAUCCAAGUCAGAUGACGGGCUUCACAGACAGAAAACGGUUCAACUUCAAAAGUUUGCACUAUGACUGAUACUGAGGCAUCGAUGCUUCAGCAGUGGUCUGGGUUUUGGUCAUAAGGCUCGUGGGCUUUUACACCACAACCAUCAGACUCAGUGAAACACUUUCUAUAUCUGUCCUCCCUCUCCUCGCCAUCGAUACACCAUCAUACUUUUCUCUUUCAUGCUAAUCAGUCUAAACAUGUUUUCAUCUGGUAUCAUAUAAAGAUUCUAACCUACGCAACAAAAUAAUAGAUAAAAAAUUUUAAUGAGUUUUAAAAAUUAAAGAUAAAUAUGUACAUAGCCCAUAAAACUUUGCAUAAAACUUUGCACAAAAAGGAAUUGAAGCUUUUUUUCAGAAAUGAAAGAGAUGUGCUCUAGCAAGAUGGCAUGAAAGGACAUAGGCACACGCUAUCGAUGUACAGUAAGAUUUUGUGUUAAAUUAUCCAAUUUCAACAAUUCUGUAAUGCCAGAUAUUUUUUUUAAGCAAUCAUUGUGCUUUUUGUUCACAUCAUCAAUUAACUCCAUACUUAAUUAAGCCAUGUUAUUUAAUAAGCAAGUGAAGAAAGGACAACAUUCUUGGCCUCUGAAUAGUAGCUCAGGCAACAUUCCCCUUUCGUUUCAUGAUUUCCUUAAUCCAGGGAAGAAAGAAACUUAUUUUAGUGAAGACAUGGGGAUACUUUGGAUUAUUGCAUUCGUUUUGGACAGUAAAGGCUGUUAUACCCUGAGGCUUGCUGUUGCAGAUAAGUGGUCCACCGGAAUCACCCUAGGAAAAAGUCAACAGAAAGACUUAAUUGAUUAGUCUGUGAAAAGAUGACAAAUGUUUUUCAAGAAUAAAUUAAAUGAGUUGGUGAAAUCUUC